GCCCAAAAACACAUUUUGGCAAUAUGUAGCUCUUUACGGAAGCGUAGUGCGUAGCACGUGCGCACCACAAUCUUAGCUCGUUGUUUUUUUGGGAGUUGAAUUAAGUUCUAAGUUACGUUAUAAAAACGCGUGCCCAACCGCCCAUCGGACACAAUUCCGUUCGCGAUGUCGGCCGACUCGCAAUUCAUUGUUGUUGUGACGACGACGCUCGCUCUGUGUUGUCUAGUGGCGUCCAUUACGGCAUCGAGUUACGAUGCCCAGUACCCCGUUUGCGGAAAGAAUGAAAUCCUGAGUCCUACUCCGGUUUGCUGUGAACCCACGUGCAGUAAUGACUGUUCAACGGCGAGCUUUCCGGAAAAUUACGUAAACCAACCGGUUUGCGUCUGUAAGCCGGGAUACGUGCGUCACAGGAGCAGAUGUAUCCGGAAGAUUUGCUGCCCGAAGAACGUAACGAGCACUGAAUCUCCACCAACCAGUACGACAGUGUUCUACCCUCGUUACAACGAAAAGCCCAGAUCGUAUGGUUCGUGCCCAUGCCGAAGGAAGCCGAUUCUACCAACGGCGAAACCGUACGAGCCACCGAAGCAACCAACCUUCGUACCAUUCAAACAAGCACCGAACUACGCUUCGAUCUACGGACCUGAGCCGUACAUCCCGAAUCAACCUUCUUCCUACGAUCAAGAUCAUCUACCGUCUCCCCACAUCCCACAAAAGCCAUCCUUCGAUACGGAUCCUACCCCGAAACCGUACAUUCCUCAAGCUUACGGUGCCUACCCUAACCUGAGGCCUUUCAUCUACAACGGCGAAGAAAAGGUCAAAUCCUUAAGCGGCAUCUUCCACGAACAUACUCAUCCGCAAGCCUACGUCUACAAUCCCCCAGAAGUGCAAACCUUCGAGCCAGCCCCUUGCCACACCACCACCACCAAUCCGCCCUUCGUGACACCCUGUGACGAUCCUGUAACCCCAGAACCCACUCCAGAGCCAACCCCCGAUAUCCCGAAGCCGUGCGCCCCCAAAUGCGACCCGCUGCAAACGCUGACCGUGUGCCGGCCAUGCUGCGUCCCAACCUGCGAGAACGACUGCAGCAACGUACGCUGCACCAAGAUCUGCAUCGCCGAGCUGAACUGCGUCUGCCUUGCGGGGUACGUGCUGCACGAGGGCAAGUGCAUCCGGAAGGAGGACUGCCCGGCGGUGGUGCCACCACCGUGUGAUAAGGAAAAGCCGGUGGAUGAGACGGUGUUUGAGUAUUCGCCGGAUGAGGGUUACAGACGGACGGGUUAUACGCCACGGGUGGAGUUUUCCGCGGAGCAGCUGGUGGCGAGUGAUGACUGUAACGAUUAUCCAGACAAGUAACUUAGUACUGCAACGUGAUUGUAAAAAUAAGAGGAGUCUCCCCCAAACUGAUUGUUGAAACCAUUUGAUUUAUUCAGUUGUAAAGAUUGAAUUGUCUGAUGUGCUGUUACCGAUUCUUGUUAUUUGAUUAUUUUAUCUCCUAUUAAAAAAUGUUAAUUAAUGUAUUUUAAUCUCCUUAUUUAAAUAUCACAGUCUUGUUCUUAAAUUGUGUUCCUACCAGGGUUGUUAAAAUAUCAAAAUCUCUCAGCAACUACAAUUAUCCCGCCUGAAUAUUCAUGCCUCAAAUACAACUGCUCUUCUCUCCUUAUUGAAACUCUCAGCGCCGAACAUAGCCGAACACGUUUUCGUGUUUACCCACUCGCGAUUGACAUUUUCCUUUUCUCUCUCAUUCCCGCUUCCACGAUCAUCCUACCGCAACAGCGUUUAACCACAAAAGCCGCCACAAAACCAAUUUCGCAAACGCAGUUUGACGGGACGUAAUUCGUGGUCGGCUCCUAAUCGCCAUCUCGCGUUCUCUCAUUGCAGUUUUCGGAGAGAUUGAGAGACUCAGCGGUGAGAGCGCAUAGUCGAGGAAAAGGGAAGGAGUGAUAGAGAGAGAAUGAAAUCGCUGGGAAUCACGAGACACAAGAAGAGAUCUCACAAGCUAUAGUGACGGUCGCUAUACUCUCGGAUAUUUUUGGUGCAGAGAUAAUCUAUUGAUAGCUUUUCUAUCACUCUUUUGCAACACUGGUU